AUGACGUUGACAACCACUUCGAUGCUCAGGUCAACUAGUAUUCCAGUCAAACCCGUACCCCCUUCACAACAGUUCGAACCCGAACCCACCUCAUCCACUUCUACGAAUACAGUGACGUCACGAAGAUCAUCGGGUGGCGGUAGUGGCCAAGGGCUGGCCAGCAAAAAACCGCCCAACAUGCAUAUUAAUAUACCAGCAGAUGAAGGCGCCGAGCGGAUACCCCUAUGCGAGCAGCAUUCGCCUCUGGCACUUUAUGAGAUUUGCAAACAACUCCAUCCACCUGAAUAG